GGGGACGUGAGAUGACUGGAGCAAGGGGCCAAAGCAUCCUCAUCCUAGAGACAGAGGGUUCAGGGACGACCUUCCAGACACGCAUAUGUCAUUUGUGAAUGUCCUUUGGAGAUUUUCUGCGAUGGACACACAUCUAAUAAAUACAUUACAGUAUCGCGCUAAUUAGAUCGAUCUAAAGUGAUCGGAAGUCUAAUGACAAUUAUCCGAUGAUGUUUUUUGCAUGAUUUAAUCCACUUUGGAACUUACUACCCAUGUUGACGAAAGGACAACUACAUCAACAAGAUGAUAUCCUUUCUGUCAUCGUCUCUUGCUGCGGACGCCAUCGUCAUCCUGCUCACUUUGCCGUUUUACGCCUGUGUCUACUUUCGUGACACCUAUAUUGACGAGGGCUUUGCUGUGACACGGAAUUUAAGGCUUGCUUACUAAUUGUGCUUCAGAAAUUCCUUUUUACUUUUUAUUGAUUCCUCGGAACCAAAAUCAGUCUACUGAAUGAUUCUUGAACGCAAGAAACUGAUGGUGUUACAGGUCCAGGAAUUUGAAGCACUGGAUCAGUAGAGUCAACUCCUCUAAAAAAUGCCGAUGUGACAAACUUAGAGAAAUCAACAUGGUAUGACAUUCUCGUGCACGACUUUUGGGGUCAGGAUUUGUGGCCAAACGACGGAAUUCAUUGGACACACAAGAGUUACCGACCGCUGAUAACCUUUAGUUUCCGGCUGUCCUACUACCUCUUUCCCGAAGACCCGUUGCCGAGCCUGAGGCUUAUCAUUAUGCUCUUCGGAUUUAGACUUCUCGUUCUUCUGUCGCUGUUGUUCUGCAUCCUAGUUUUACUUUCAAAUCCAGGUAGCUUCUCGCUUAAGUACUUUCUUAUUAAGUUUGAGAAAGCAGCAGCUCUUGAGAUCUGCUCACUCUCUCCCUUGCCCUAUUUUAAUGUGAAUUGCGUGACGCAUACGUUGACGUGUCUGGUCGUGCGGCGAUGCUGGUUUUUUCGAGACAAUGUGUAUGCCGCGUUUCUCUUUGCGGUGCACCCAGUGCAUGUAGAGAAUAUAGUCUACAUGGUCGGUCGCGCGGACUCCGCAGCGACAUUAUUCUACUUGUUGGGUGCGGAUUCGCAGAAUUUACCCAGAGUCGCGCUCUGCACGGUGCUAAGUGGGUUGUGCAAGGAGACAGGUACAACUAGUACCACCUUCUUAUUUUUUUUUCUGAUCAAUACUCAGUCUGCUCCCGCAUGAAGAUAUGUGUAAAUAUACUGGGAUUUGUCCUGGCUAGGCUAUAAUGUACAAGUGCUCAGGCUCAGUAAUUAUGACCGACGCUAUUUAUCUUUUGACACAGAUGCACACUAUUUAAACCACCAACAUAGGAUUCACUCUUCCGAUUCUGGUCGCUUUUUUAUGCCUGGUGCAGAAGCAAUGGGUUCGCGGCGGCCUGUUUUUAGGUCUUUUUGUUCUGGUUUUCGCAUUGAGGUCCGCUUAUGUACAAGGGACACAUGCGGACUUCGGCUAUGUAGAUACGCCUGUGCGCUACCAAGACGACAUGGUGGUUCGCUUCUGGAGUUACCUCAUGUUUCACCAGGUAUACGCACAGUUGCUGCUCUUCCCGUGGAAUCUUUCUUAUGCUUCGCAUUCAUCGCCGACUCAGAGGACAUGUAUCUAUUUUUAUCUAGUACGCAAUACUUUUUUUGCUACUAGAAGUGCUUAUGCUAUUGAUGAUCCUCAAAGACGAAAGUACUACUAUUCAUAACUUCAUGGUUGUUCAGAACCCUCAACUUCAUCAUCAUGAGCAAAGGCUGCCCAGCUCUAAUUUCGAUGGGAUUACAGCUAUGACAGUCUGCCAUUGCUUUUCGAGAAGCACCUCGAUUUGCGUGUGAUGGGUAUUUUUGGGGCGUAUGCUUUUUUGAUCAGCAUGUUUUUUCGAGCGUUGCCACGGAGGAAAACGCUCUUCAACGAAGACCAUGCGGCACAGCUUUCCCGAAAAUCUUCAAGCGGCGCAUCGGUGGAGACAACCGAUAAUUUUUCUAAGGAGGAUUCAGCCAAAGCGGGCCGAAUAGUGGAGGGAGCAGCCGGAAUACCAGAGCAGACAAAGGUUGAAAAGAUCGACGAAGGUGAUGAAAAUCAAAGCGCACUAUCUUCCUCCAGUGCUAGCACGACUAGAGGAGAUUUACUGCGCUGUCAAAAUGACGGUAUAGUAACGGACUUAUUCGCAGCAGGAAUCGUUGUCGUACCUUUCGUCCCAGCGAGCAAUUUGUUUUUUCUUGUCGGGACAACUAUAGGUGAGCGCCUUCUGUACCCGUGCUCCGUCGGAAGCUGUCUUCUUAUCGACAGACUGAUAGCAGAUAACAUGAUAGUGCAGCCACUUAGGCGAAUAUUCACAACCGAGAUCGACGUAGACAGGUGGCUCUGCUGUGCGACAAGAAGAAGAAGAAUAGGAAGUUCUACUGCACUCUCAAAGGAUACAGCGGGCCUGACUGGAGCAGCGGAGCCAGUCUCAUCCGUCGCUAGGACUGGUUCGCAGGGUGUCUGCUCGCUCACCGCGACAUCACAUUUGACUGAUCUUUACGAACUGUAACCUAAUUUAUCUCGCAGCAUAACCAACCUUCCUCACCCGUUUAGGGACUUUAAACACAAACAACACCAAAAAGGAAAAAAGGAAAAAAUGUCCUCACGCUGCACUCGUCUCUGUCCUGUAAUAAGGAUUCUUUUCAUCUCGUGCAAAAUAAGACUCUUGACUAUCUAAGGAUCAAAAGUUUAUCUCGCAGCAUUUCCUACUACAUACAACAUGUAGUAUGAUUAACAGAAAUGAUUCCGGCCGUUCAUUGAAUGUCUUGAUGGAGUACUUGAAAUUGGGUUUGAUACAUUGGCCGUCCUCUAGCUGGGAGCCCUUCGCUGUGAGACUCUAAGAUCUUCGCCGCGUUUCGCUGAUGCAGGUGCUGAAGAUUCUUUACCUCGCGUAUUACAUGUAUGUUGCCUAUGUCCGGACAACGCAUUGGAGAAAUAAGGAGACGCUGUUUUUACGGCUAGUACAACUCCAAUUGCUACAAGAAGAAAUUGAAUUAUUCAUCCACUGCGUCGCAUGUACUAGUAGUGGACGUGCUUUCUCCUAGUGAUUCUUCCUUCCUUCUGUUUUGGCUCCGCGGGUGGAUUUGGAAUGCCACAUCCUAGGAGGUUCGCCGGCAUGUUAGUCUAGCUCUAAUAGUCGAGCAGGACGCUAAGGCGAGUCGGUGGCAACCGCGAUCGGCCAAGAUUCUCCAUCAGUACGCCGUUCUGCUUCAAGCCAAAGGGGAUCACGACCGUGCACUAGAGUAUUAUCAAAAAGCGCUCAACGUUUUUGAUGACAACGCGAUGUCAGACUACUGCAUGGCCCGGAUAUGGCUAGAAAAGGGAGAUUGCCAGAAAGGCCUGCAGAUAUUCAUCAAAAUCAACGACGGUAUCUCCUAGAUUCAUUGUUGUUGGCUCACGCAGAUGUUCGUUCAAACAGACGAGGAUGAUAGCUAGGCAUAUUCCUUUUACUCGUGUAUGAGUUUACUGCAAUAUUGGAUGAUGUAGUAAGUAAUGUGUCCUGUUGAACUUGAAGCUGAAAUCAAGCAGGUCACGGCAUCGGGUUCGGGGACCAUAACCAGUUCCUACUGAACAACGAUUUUGGCUACGCUUUGGCUUGUGUUGCCGCCUAUCAGGAAGCUAGACCAAUUCUCGAAGAGGCCCUGCAACUGCUGCACCCGAACUUUGCCUAUGUUUACUUAAGGCUUGGCUGUCGUGUCUUAUAAACCUAAUUCCUAUUUUUUCUGAUCGGUGAGAAGCAUUUUCGAUUCAUACUAGGGUACCUCGACAAAGUAUCUGUUUCUUCAAGUUGAGGAAAAGACAUCAAAGACGCGUCUGUGCAAUAUAUAUUUUUGAAGAGACGUCUAAUUUGUAACUCAUUGGCGUUGUCCAUCUUCCACACUGCGCCUGGAGAGCUGCAACGCGUUGUAGACUUGCUACAGACAGGCAUUAGCCUGCAUCCAGACGAAUUUACGCUUUGGUUCAACAUGGGAAUUGUGCUCCUGAAAGGUAACUCCAAGUGUCUUUCGUUCAUACUUCCAACUACGUCGAUAAUUAUUUGUGCUUCCAUAUAUGAUUAAAAGGUCCCACCGACCUUGUCUUCUAUAUAACCUGCAACCUCCUCAAGGUAACGUAAUUGAUGAGGCGCAGAAGGCAUUCUCAGAGGCGGAAUCCAAGGUGAAGAAUGUUUUCGAGUACCAGAUGCUAGUGGACGGUGUGGAAAAAAUGAAGAAGGGACAGACCGAUGCUCUGCAGUUACUUUGGUUAAAGGUACCUGUGGCGAGGGGAUGAUGAUACUCAUGAUGUACAUUUGAGGAGAAAAUAUUAACGACGAGACUCAAGGGCAAGGGGGCGGCUGUAGGUUACCAGUUAGUAGCAGCACUCUGGUCUCGAAAUCUAGCGAUGCAAAAUUGGUAUGGAAUCUUUUUAAUUCUUGGCUAUAUCCGCACAGUGGAGGGACUUCAAGGUAUUAAUUUGGUCGAAGACAUUAGAGACGAAACGAAUAUAGUGAUCUAGAUCUGAUGUCGCGAUAACUUUGGGACUCAUUUUGAUGGGAGCGCCCAUUGCAGAGCUGCUUCGUUUCCAAU